CGUUGGUACACUAUCUCGUGCAAUAUCACCAGAGUUUCCUCAGGAUGCUAAAGCAACUUGUCAUUUGUGCGAGUUUGAUUUUCUUGAGUCAUGCUUGUUUAAUUGUGAAUUGUCCACGUGGUGGAAAAAGGAGUGAUAUCGCGUCUUUUUUGAAAACUGUUACACGAGAAUGUCCCACAUGUGGCCCCAACCAUAUGGGUCAAUGUUUCGGACCUCGCAUCUGCUGUGGUCCCAAUAUCGGUUGCUUCAUAGGAACACCUGAAACGUACCGUUGCAGAAAAGAAAGCCUAUACACUAAACCUUGUAUCGCUGGAUAUGCAAUGUGUCGUGGAAAUACAGCGCGAUGCGCUGCAAACGGUAUUUGUUGCUCGCAAGAAUCCUGCUAUAUGGAUACAUCGUGCAAAAUUUCUGAUGUGGCUGAUCGCGAAAUCGAUACUGAUUUGUAUAUGAUACUCUCAGGCAAUGAAGUAUCUAACGAAAUACUUCCAUAAUGUAAAAUUUCAAAUUUUCACUAAUCACUCUUUGACGUUUCAAUUCAUAUAAAAAUAUAAUUAUA